UGUUGCUGGUUUUAUCAUCCUUAUCCUCCUCGUUUUUCGUCGUUCUUUCCUGCUGUGGGUACUGUUUUUGGGUAGCUCUCUGUCCCUCUAGUGCUGGUUCUGUGGAACAUCAUUUGGGUCGAAGCUUUUACUCUCUGCCACACCCAACUACCUCGGAGUAUUCCCCGUAGGAUCCCUGUCCCCUCCCUCUCUUCUUUCCCUCUGUCUAUAUAUAUACCUCCCCCCCACUUUCCAAUGGAUUGUGGAAAAAGAUGUGGGACAUAGGGAUCCGGGAGAAAAUGUGGAGGAUGUUGAAAAAGAUGACAGAAUGCACAAGAAGUGCAGUGAUGUUGGAUGGGGAAAUCUCGAAGUACGUGGAUAUACUCCAAGGAGUCGCACAGGGCUGUACGAUGUCACCCACUCUUUUCAAGAUUUACAUCAACGACCUGAUAAGGGCGGUUGAAGCAGUAAGACAGGGAGUCCAAGUAGGGGGAAAGAGUGUGUCCGGACUGAUGUUUACAGAUGAUUUCGUGGGGGUAUCUGAAACACCAGAAGGGUUGCAGGAACAAAUAGAUGCGGCAGUAGGAUACACCCGAAAAUGGAGACUGUCGGCGAACGUAGGAAAAUGCGCAGUAGUGGUCUGUAACGAAGACAAGAAAAAUCCCGUAGAAUUCAAAUGGAAAUGGGGGGAGGAAGAACUACCGGUAGUAGACAGGUAUACGUACCUGGGAGUAGAGAUUUCGAAGGAGUGCUCAUGGGACGCACACAUAGCAAAGUUGAUUGGGAAGGGUAAAGCUCAGAUAGGCAAGAUGGACGAGAUCCUUACGGACCCACACCUAGACACUAGGAUUAAGAGGUGUGUUCUCUUGAAUGUGAUUGUACC